AUGAGUUUGGUUACCAAAAACGUUUUUUAUAAGAGUGAAGACGAAACACAAAGUAAGUUGCCGAGAAAAUCGGUCCAGGAGCAGCAGCCGGAAGAUGAGAACGUCGAAGGAUCAGAGGACGAGAACACUUUGAUAUUUGAGGAAAGCGAUGAUGAUGAGAGAGAUACUGAAGAUAAGAAUGAAAGCGAAGAUGAUAGGGACGAGGGCAAGAUUGGGGAAAGUCAGCUUGAAGCUGAACAUUCGCAACCUUUAAGUGUUCGCUCCACGACGUCCGAUGCAAAUGGACAGCCGCCGAAGAAGUAUGCUUUCAAACUAAAGCAAACGGAGAGCGGGAACAUACUUACAGUGCACCAUACAGUGCAGGAGUCUGGAAAAACACAGCGCAUUCGCAUUGCUGCCGCCUGCUUUAAUGAGUUCAGCAAUCAACUCAUUGUGAUAGACAAGAGGGGCAACGUAUUCGUAUUUGACUUCGUUUGCAAACGCUACUGGCAUCUCAAUUUCCGCAUUCCCAAAGUAUGCCUUCUGCUCCCAUCGCCGCUUCAUAAAAGCGAUUACAUUGUGGGCAAUAAACUGGGCCAAAUUUUAACCGUGGACGUGAACAGUUCCCUGUUAGUAAACCUAAACAAUAUUGGCACUAGCGCAAUAGAUGAGCUUUCCUUUGGUACACGGAUUCAGAGCUCAAAAGCUUCCAACUCAUUGCUACGUUUCGGUCACGAGGCUAUGCUGUUCAAUCUGCAAACGUUGAAUGUGUCUCAUCAGCUAGAAUUCAAUCAGUCGCGGUACACCUUAAAACUAGCCGGUUAUCUGCCUAAUUCGGAUCAAUUCUUUACGUGCUUCACCAACGACUCGGUGCACAUUUGGUCGACGGUCUCCCUCAACACGCUACAAAUUGCACACCCUAUAAAGAUGCGAAAUCGCAAGCUGCGUUUGCUGCCCACAAGCGAGAGUAUACCGGAGUUUGCUUUACGCCCCCCCAAUGACAGUGAUGUGGAGGAUGAAUUAACGUUCAGCUGCCAGGAUCAAGACUAUGCGGAUGGCUAUUUGCUGAGCUAUUGCUUUACGCCUGAUGGCAAUAAGUUUGGGCUUAGCACAUUGGAUGGUUAUUUGCUAGUGUUAAGUACCGUCACCUUCGACCUGGAUAAGUUGUAUCGCCUGCGUGACUUCAUUUUGAAACAGUUCGUCUUUCUGCCGCUGCCAAAAGAACGCAUUUUGUUUGGCAUUACAGCCCGCAGUCAAGCAAUUAUGUUAGAUUUGGCACAUACAGAGUUCAAGUUGUUUGUGCAGAGUGAGAAUGCCGAGAGCUUGUGCCUCAGUCGCGAUGGCAAGCUUCUUAGCGUGCUCUCCAGAUGCGGCGAGGUGAAUAUCUGGUCGACCUGUCGCCUCUACAACACGUUGCAUGCCCAGACAAAUUGCCUCAAGGUGUUGCACUCAGCCUUUCAGCAGAAAAAACCGCUACCCGCUUGCAAUGUUAGUGGGUGCAUGCACCAGGAGAUACGCAAACUCCUAAAGAGGGAUCGUUUGAGUGCCAUUUUGCACGAGUACGGCUGCUAUCCGGAAAAGUAUCGCUUCCUCAUUUGGACCACGUUGCUGGAGUUGCCGUGCAAUGGACGGGAUUUCCAGCAGCUGCUCAAGUUGGGUGUACCACCAAUUAUAAAGAACCGGGCUCAAGAUCUUAAGAUACGCAGCGAUUCCUUGAAACGUGCCGUCGUGAAGGUCUGGUCUUGUCUCGCACAGUGGUGCAAAGUCUUUGCUUAUGCAGACUUUAUGCCCAAUCUAAUAUUCCCCUUCGUUAAGCAGCUGCCCAAAAAUGGACUAGUGGCUUUUGAGCUGCUCGUCACGCUGCUGCUGAAUCAUUUCGAGUUGUGGUUCGAGUUUCAUCCAAUGCCACCGGCCAAUUAUUUAGCCAUGUGCGAAAAUCUUUUGCAACGACAGGAUGAGCAGCUCUGCAAAUUCUAUAAGGCACUGCAGCUGCAGCCCAAGGACUAUAUUUGGUCGUUGCUAUCGAACGCCUUUUCCGAGGUUCUGGACGAGCAGCAGUGGCUGGCUAUGUGGGAUAACGUCUUUACAGAGCCCCCCUAUUUCCUUAUCUUCCUCGCCGUGGCCUACAAUCUCAUUAACCGCGAGGUGCUACUCCGUCUGCCGGACAAAUCUGCCGUCCAAUGGUUUUUCCAUGAACAGAAUCCCAUCGAGGUGCUAAAGCUGAUCGCCAAGGCGCGCAAGUUAAUGGACAACUGUCAGCCAGACCUGCAUCCCAAGCGCUUCAUUCAGAAUCUCACGCCAUUGCCCAAGGAAGCCUAUCCGAAAUUUCUUAGAUAUCCCAGCGAGUGUAUUACCCAACAUGAGGAGCACUCGGUAAUGCAGGCGCAGCUGCAUCAGGACAUCGAUGCGCGCAUACGUCAUCUAGAACUGGAGGAGUCUAAGGUCAUGGAGCGCCUUCACAAGGGUCUGCAGCAAGAGGAGCACACGCGCCGCAUCAAGGAGAUGGAGAAAUUGUACGAGGAAACGCUGCAGCGCGAGGAAGAGCGUCUGCUAUGUCAACGCAAAAUGUUGCUCCUCUACCAGAAGGAGGUGCGUCAGCGCAAAAGCGAGGUCCUUACACAGUUACAGGAAUCCGAGCAGCGACGCAAAGCCCUUGAGAUGGAGAAGGAAAUCGACGCGUUAAUGCGCAGCAUUGAGCGUGAACGACGUCGUCAGAAUCAGGAAAUGCUUCUCGCCGAGGAUGAAAUACGCAACGAGGAAAUGGAAAUACUGGCUCAGCGUUACUUCUCGCAGACCUCGACCGCGCCCCUAGCCCAGAAAUACUACGACAAUAUUCAAAAGCUGUGCAGAGAGCGCGAUCAUCUGCAAAAGAACCUAAGGGAGAUGACCAUGAACCAGCUAGACCGAUCUUCUCGAACAUGCCCAGAAACGUCACCGGAGCUAAUGGAAAUCGAGCGUUCUAUUUUGGAAAUACAGCGGGAGUUCUGCGAGGUCCUGAACAGUGAGAGGCGUGAAUAGUUGAUCAGAAAAACAAAAGCACCUUAUGUACAAAUUAUAGUCUAAGCUAGAUAAUAUCUUUUGUCAUAGAGAACCUUUUGUUAGUGUACUAUAACUAUAAAUUUAGAUAAAUACAUAAAUGUGCAUUAA